UGCAGCUCAAGCAGCAAAGCAAGCAGCAACCCCCUGCUCCGUAUCAGUGCAACGCACGCCACGCCACCCUUCUCCCUCCUCUUCUCGAUCGCCGGCGGGAGAGGAAGGGUCGCCGUGGCCGCCCCGCCGGAGUCACGGCUCGACGUGCGGGCCCGAGAGGAUCCCCCUUCUUUGACCUGCACCCCGAAUCUUGGCCGGCCACCCCAGCUCGUGGCUUCCCGCUUCCGCUUCCGGUUGCCGCCGAUCUCGAGAGCCUCCCCCCGCGGCAAUGGCGGCCGCCGCCGACGACGCCGCCAAGCAGCUCGGCCUCCUGAUGGAGCAAGUGGAGGCGCCGCUGCGGAGGACGUUCCAGAAUGUGCACCAGGGCUAUCCCAAAGAAACAUUAUUGCGUUUUCUUAAAGCAAGAGAGUGGAAUGUAUCUAAGGCUCAUAAAAUGCUUGUGGACUCUUUGAAUUGGAGGAUUCAAAACGAAAUUGAUUCCGUUCUAGAGAGGCCUAUAGUCCCAGUAGAUUUGUACAGAUCAAUACGUGAUACGCAACUUGUUGGACUCUCAGGGUACACAAAGGAGGGCCUUCCAGUUUUUGCCAUUGGUGUUGGGCAGAGCACAUAUGACAAAGCUUCGGUCCACUACUAUGUGCAAUCUCAUAUUCAGAUUAACGAAUACCGGGACCGUGUAAUUUUGCCCAUGUUGACGGAAAAGUUUGGACGGCCUGUUACCACCUGUGUAAAAGUUUUGGACAUGACUGGUUUGAAGUUGUCAGCACUGAGCCAAAUGAAGAUGUUGACUUCAAUCUCAACUGUUGAUGAUUUGAACUACCCUGAAAAAACAGAGACUUACUAUGUAGUUAAUGUUCCCUAUAUAUUUUCUGCAUGUUGGAAGGUUGUGAAACCCCUGUUACAGGAGAGGACAAAAAAGAAGGUUAAAGUUUUGCAUGGUUGUGGGAGGGAUGAACUUCUGAAGAUCAUGGACUAUUCAUCUCUUCCACAUUUCUGCCGCCGCGAGGGCUCUGGCUCAUCCAAACAUUCUUCUACUGACACCGAUGACUGCUUCUCAUUCGACCAUCCUUUCCACAAAGAGCUUUAUGGUCACAUCGAAGAACAAGCAUCACACAGGGAACUCAUCAAGAUGGGAUCAUUACAUGUGAGCAUUCCCGAGCCUGAUCCGGAUGACGCGAAGAUCGUGGAGGUCAUCCAAGCUGAGUUCCAAAAGAUCGGUGAGCAGAAUGGAUCCACCAAUGGCCACAAGGUUUAGCCAAUGCUGGGCAUCUGCAGAACACCUUAACCCAUUGCUGGUGACCUCUGAAUCUGAUGGAGUUGAUUACUACUGUCCAUGUCAGUCAUAAUUUGGUUGACAAGCCCCCCAUUUGCUGGGGGGGGAAUACAGCAGCAGCAAUGCAAGUUCUUGCAUUAUUGUUCCCAUGAUGAUGCAAAUAAACAAUGAUGCAGACUUGAGUUGGUAGUGGGAGAGAUCAGCCAGCGGUCACCAGUGUAUAUGGACUAGAUGGAUAUGAAGAAUCAUAAACAUGUUUUGUUAGUGUAAGCUGUAACCUGCAUAUGUUAAAGCUGUUAAAAGGAGAUCCAUGGAUGUUAAAGGACUUAAAAGAAAAGCUUUUUUAAGCUUAAGCA